AGUUUUGCCUCCGGAAUGGCGUCAGGGGUAAAGUCGACCCAGUCCAUGACCGAUGCCUUGUCGGCCGUGCGUCGGGCACUGAAUCCAGAUAUAGAGACCGUUAAGGCCUCCGAGGAAGCUGUGAAGGAAGGCCUACUUCAAGCUGAUGAGGAUAAGCCUAUCGUUAAAGGGCCCGACUGGACUAAGCGUUUUAGCGUCGUAAGUUCGCACCUGUCGAGUAUUGAAGACUGUCCUUCUGUGACUGAGUUCGAGCUCUCGAAGACGUGCCGGAAAGCACUGAAGGGUAUGGGCAUCAGUCGCCUCUUCCCGGUACAGGCUACGGUCUUACCGAUCGUUCUUGGAAGGGUGAGGACGCCGGUGGGAAGCAGGUACGAUUGUGACCUAUGUGUGGCAGUGCCAACUGGGCAGGGAAAGACGUUGGGCUACCUCUUACCUAUAUUCCAACUACUGUCUCAUCGGAAGUACCAGACCCUACGUGCCCUGGUCCUCGCGCCUACACGGGACUUGGCCCUCCAGGUGAAGGAGGUGGCCGACCACUUUACGGGGGGUAAGGACAACUUCAAAGUCGACUGUGUGGUGGGACAAUACCAUGCCCAAACCUUUGCUGAAGAGGAUGGAUCAUCGGCUGGUCCAGAUGUGCUGGUCGCUACGCCCUCAAGGGCCUUGGAUCUGAUCACGGGUGAGCGAGUACCUGUUGAUGGUAUUAGAUGGAUGGUCCUUGAUGAGGCUGAUAGGCUGUUGAAUUCCAGUAGAGAAGCGACAGUGGAAGUGGUGAGGCGAGUGAUGGAAGCUUCCCCUCGGUGUCAGCGUAUGCUGUUCUCGGCUACUAUGACGUCGAAUCCACAGAAGCUAGCCCAGCUGGCACUCAGCCGACCGUUCUUCCUCUUGAGCACCCAGACUGGGGCUCAUGCUACGCCGGAGAACCUCCGACACAGGUUCGUGGUCGCCCGAGCGGAGCAGAAGAAACCUGGGGUCCUGGUAUCGAUACUUGGUGAAAUUUACCCUCCUACUGCGUCCGAGGCCACUAGCCGCACUAUGAUAUUCUGUGGCUCUGUGGAGCAUGCACAUCGAUUGACUAGGUUGUUGCAGAUAUGUGUGGUUGGAAAUGAGAAUAUAAAGGAAGGAAUAAAGAUAAGGGAGUUCAGUGCAGCACUGAACCAGAAGCAGCGGGUACGCUUACUUGAGGCCUUCCGGACUGGUCGGAUUCAUGUACUGGUGUGUAGUGAUGUGGCAGCUAGAGGCUUGGACUUCCGAGAGGUUGACCAUGUCCUACAAUAUGAUGUCCCGAAUAACGUCCAGGGGUAUAUCCAUCGCUGUGGUCGGGCUGGUCGGGCUGGCCGGCAGGGGUGUAGUAGUACUAUCCUUGUGGGGAAGCAAGUGAAGCAUUUCAAGGAUAUGCUUCGAGAGGAGGAGGCGGUCACUAUGGAUAAGUUGGAGCAGAUGAAGCCAGUCGUGGAGGACAUACCGGAAUACCAGGAAAAACUGUCAAUGUUGGAGGUGUGCCUAAAGCGAGAGAAGAAGGGAGUGUACUCGUUAACAGAGCCGGUCGACCCAGCUGCCCUGAAGGGCAGCCAGUCAGAGAGUGAUCGAGACGUGGCUCGGGUUAAGAAGACCAAGCGGCCUCUUUCUAGUAUGGUGUAUGAGGCACUCCUCAGUAAUGUGCGCCAGCGGUUGGGAGGUGCCCCUAAGGGCUAGGGUAUGCUCCUUUGG